AUGACUUACUCGAGCUCGUACAACUCUCCCUGCGCCGCCUGCAAAUUCCUGCGGCGGAAGUGCGUUCCGGGAUGCAUCUUCUCGCCGCACUUCCCGCCGGAGGAGAAGGAGAAGUUCGUCAACGUGCACAAGAUCUUCGGCGCCAGAAACGUGGCGAAGCUGCUGAAGGAGCUCCUUCCCCACCAGCGCGCCACGGCAGCCAGCUCCCUCGCCUACGAGGCCGAGGCGCGUGUCCGCGACCCUGUCCUCGGCUGCUUCGGCGUCAUCUCCUCCCUCCAGAGGCAGGUCGACCGCCUCCGGAAGGAGCUCCACAACGCCAAUGCAGACCUCGUAUGGUUCGCCUGCAACGACAUUUCGUUGCAUACGGCCCAGCCGCGGACGCCGGAGGCGAUCGGAGGGGGAAAUGUGGAUUUCGGCGCCGGCGAAGGCGGCGGGAUAUUAUAUCAAACAGGUGGUGUGCCAAUUUUGUAUGAAAUGACAUGGAAUGAUAUUUAUAAUUAUUACGGUGGAGGGAUGGAUGCGAGUAAUUAA